AAUUUUAAAAGGUUAAAACAUUUAAAUAGCAAUUGGCUAUUACGUUAAAGAUAUUUUUCUAAUACUAUUUUAUAAGUUAAGAUUGACAGAAAAAUGAUUUUUACGAAAUAUUUUUGUUUUUUUUUCUUUUUAACUCUUGUAAAAUCCAAUGACCCCAUUCAGCAGCCAAAGCAGAACUUCUUAACAUGUUUGAUAAAUUCUGGUUUGAAUAAUAAUAAAAUCAUAAAUUCUCGAAACAAAUUUACUCGUAAAUUUGAAAAAUUUUUAUUAAAAAAGAGUAUAGAAAUUCUACGUUUAGGUAGUAAGAGAAAAGUUAAAAAAAUUGCAAAAUCUUUGUAUGAAUAUGUUUGUAAAACAGAUGAACAAAUUCAAGAGGUGAACGAUUGUUGUGUAAUAUAUGGUAAUGAACUUACAGAUUUAAAGGAAAAUAAGGAUCUUAUUGACCGUUAUGAAAAAUUGGUUUGCGAUUGGAGUAAUGAAGAUAAAAAUUUGCCAACGGUACUUCGAGAAGAUAACAUGACUAUUGACGAAGGAUACGAACUGGGGGAUACAUGUCAAAUAGUUGUAUUGACUGGUGAUACUGAAGAUACAGACCGCAUCAAACUGGAUCGUUAUAAUUAAGAUUUAAAAAUAUUAAUGGAUGACGACAGAUUUGUUUUAAUUGUACUUUAACUAAUUAAAAAAUAUUUAAUUUGUAAAAAUUAUAUAAAACAAUAAAUAGUAAAAAAAUGUCUGUUA